CAUUAUCUUCUUGCUGCCGUCUUCAGUCUUCACAUUUCACCUUCACCUUCAAAGCUUCACCUCACAAGCUCACAGUCACACUCACAGCUGCUGCCACCAGAUGCACUGAUCCAGACCAUUCACCAACUCUCAUCACCUUUCUCCUUCACCAGCUUCAGCUACAGAGCUACUGCCACUUGCCGCCCAAAUCUAGACCAUUCACCAAGAUCCUUUGCGGAAUCCAAAUUGGUAAAUUGUAUGAAACUUACAUUGAAUAUCAUAAAGUUUUUUUCUUCCACAAUAAGAAAUAUAACGCAACGGUUAUCUUUCUUUUUAACAAGUCUAUCCAAAUUCUUAUCUCCUUCCAAAACAAUGUCCACCCCAAAAAACAAGCAGUCGACACACAUCUUGAUGUUCCCGUUCCCAGCACAAGGCCAUUCACUAGCUCUUCUCGAUCUCACCCACCAACUCUCUCUUCGUAACCUCUCCAUUACCAUCUUGACGACCCCCAAAAACCUUCCUGACCUCCACCGUCUUCUCGUGGCUCACCCCACCAUCCAAACCUUAACAUUUCCAUUUCCUCCCCAUCCCAAACUACCUCCCGGAGUCGAAAACGUUAGGCAAAUCGGGAACCCAGGGAAUAUCCCCAUCAUCAAUGCUCUCUCUGAUCUCCAACAACCAAUUGUCGAGUGGUUCAAUCAGCAUCCUAACCCUCCCGUCGCCAUCGUCUCCGAUUUCUUCCUCGGUUGGACUCUGCGAUUGGCCAAUCGGAUAGGCAUCCCCAGAAUCAGUUUCUUCUCCAUCAGAGUUUACUUAGCCUCCGUUCUCGACCACUGCUGGCGUGAUAUCCGUACGGUUCUUCAUCAACCGGUCGUUGAAUUCCAUGGACUUCCGAGAUGUCAGUCCUUCAAGCACGAUCAUCUCCCUUCCAUUGUCCGACGCUACGACGAAUCUGAUCCCGAUAUGGAAAUCGUUCAAGAAUCUCUGACCUCAAAUCUCUCCAGUUGGGGUUGUAUCUUUAAUAGCUUUGAAGAUUUAGAAAGUGAAUAUUUUGACCAUUUGAGGACCAAAAUGGGGCUCCGUCGGGUUUAUGGAGUUGGCCCGUUGAGCUUGAUCGGUAUUCCCGAAGGUUUAGAUCGGGCAAAACUGGAUGAGAAUUCGGGUUCGAAUGUUCUAGACUGGCUCGAUGGGUGCCCCGAUGGGUCUGUGGUUUACGUUUGUUUUGGGAGUCAGAAAUUGCUGACUAGGGAACAAAUGGAGGCUUUGGCUUCCGGGUUGGAGCAAAGCAGGACCCGAUUUGUUUGGGUUGUUAAAGUGGGUACGGAUCAAGAGGUGGAAAACGGGUAUGGAGUUGUACCAGAUGGGUUUGAUGAAAGGGUUGCUGGAAGAGGAUUGGUGGUCAGGAAGUGGGCCCCACAGGUGACGAUACUGAGUCACCGAGCUGUGGGUGGGUUUCUGAGUCACUGUGGAUGGAACUCGACCUUGGAAGGGAUAGUAGCUGGGGUGAUGAUACUGGCUUGGCCGAUGGAGGCUGACCAGUUUGUGAAUGCUAGGCUUUUGGUGGAGGAUAUGGGAAUGGCUGUGAAGGUCUGUGAAGGAGGUGAUGGAGUGCCUGACUCGGACGAGUUGGGAAAGUUGAUUGCCGAGUCAAUGACUUUGGAUUGUCCUGAAAAGGUUAAAGCCAAAGAGAUGAAGGACAAGGCCUUUGCUGCAGUGAAGGAUGGUGGGAGUUCUUCAAAGGAUUUGGAUGAGCUUGUAAGAGAAUUGCACCUCCUUAAAGUGUCAUAAUAUUUAUAUGUAUGUGUAUAUUAUUCAUAUUUUUAACGGAUUAUUACUCUCUUUUUUUUUUUUUUUUUUUUUGGGUGUUUGAACGGAUUAUUACGCCCUAUUACUCUAUAUAUUACUAUAUUAUAUUCUGGGUUUUGACAACAAUAGAAAUGGAAUUGUAUUUCUUAAGCCAA